GUUCCCGUGGAAGUUUGAUUCAUGCGAAAGGGGAGGAACAACAUAAAGCCGCGACGGCACGAGAAACCCGACGCCGACGACAGCGAGAGAAGAGAUGAAAGGAGACAAGGCGGCGAGCCAGCUGACCCUGGAAGAGUACGCCGGAUUCUUCCGCAACUCCCACCUCCGCCACCACCUCUCCCAUGACCAGCUUAACCAGAUCGUCUACAUGCAUGGAUUCCUGAAGCUGCACCGAUUGCAAAAGGCGUUCAUCGUGGACGCUCUCAACUCGCUGGACCUGAUGCGCCCGGACAGGUCGACCGUGCAGGGCCAGGUGGCGACGCCGGUGGGCGUGGCGCUGUCACUGGAGGAGGCAAAGCAGGACAUUGCGGCGCUCGGGUGGCAGGAGUGUCCAUUGGGGUCUAUCAUCACGGUCGGGACCGCCGCAGAUGCAGUGGAGGCUGCAGUGCCCGUGUCCGUCUCCACCAGUCUCAGUCACUCGAAGCCAUCGUCCGCUGCAGUAGGCGGCGCUCAGCACAAGAGUAGUGGCAAGAAGAAGAGGAAACGGAUGUCGGCUGCUGUGGCUUCACAGCCUUCGCUGCCACCACAAAUGUAAGAGAAAACUAGUGAAAGUGAGUGUUGUUCCUUAUCACUUACAUUUUGCUACUGUACAGAGUAGACUAAUACUAGUUCUAAUGCAAGCUUAUAACUUGUAAAAAAGAAUGCCUUUGUAGAUUUUGCAUCCUUGUCUAAUUAAAUCUUGUUUACCUUCCAUCA